UUUACAGUACUCUGUGCAAAGAACUUGGUGAAAAAGGAUUUUUUCCGACUUCCUGAUCCAUUUGCUAAGGUGGUGGUUGAUGGAUCUGGACAAUGCCAUUCUACAGAUACUGUGAAGAAUACACUUGAUCCAAAGUGGAAUCAGCAUUAUGACCUGUAUAUUGGAAAGUCUGAUUCAGUUACAAUCAGUGUAUGGAAUCACAAGAAGAUCCAUAAAAAACAAGGUGCUGGAUUUCUUGGUUGUGUUCGUCUUCUUUCCAAUGCCAUCAACCGCCUAAAAGAUACUGGUUAUCAGAGGUUGGAUCUCUGCAAACUUGGGCCAAAUGACAAUGAUACAGUCAGAGGGCAGAUAGUAGUAAGUCUUCAGUCCAGAGACCGAAUAGGCACAGGAGGACAAGUUGUGGACUGCAGUCGUUUGUUUGAUAAUGAUUUACCAGAUGGCUGGGAAGAAAGGCGAACAGCUUCUGGAAGAAUCCAGUAUCUAAACCACAUAACAAGAACUACACAAUGGGAACGUCCAACACGACCGGCAUCUGAAUACUCUAGUCCUGGCAGACCUCUUAGCUGCUUUGUUGAUGAGAACACUCCAAUUAGUGGAACAAAUGGUGCAACAUGUGGACAGUCUUCAGAUCCCAGGCUGGCAGAGAGGAGAGUCAGGUCACAACGACAUAGAAAUUACAUGAGCAGGACACAUUUACAUACUCCUCCAGACCUACCAGAAGGCUAUGAACAGAGGACAACACAGCAAGGUCAGGUGUAUUUCCUGCACACUCAGACUGGCGUGAGCACGUGGCAUGAUCCCAGAGUGCCGAGGGAUCUUAGCAACAUCAAUUGUGAAGAGCUUGGUCCGCUGCCUCCUGGAUGGGAGAUCCGUAAUACAGCCACAGGCAGAGUUUAUUUCGUUGACCAUAACAACAGAACAACACAGUUUACAGAUCCUCGACUCUCUGCUAACUUGCAUUUGGUUUUAAAUCGGCAGAACCAACUAAAAGACCAACAGCAACAGCAAGUGGUGUCCUUAUGUCCUGACGACCCAGAAUGUCUCACAGUCCCACGGUACAAGCGAGACCUGGUUCAGAAACUAAAAAUUUUGCGCCAGGAACUUUCCCAGCAACAGCCUCAGGCUGGCCAUUGCCGCAUUGAAGUCUCCAGGGAAGAGAUUUUUGAGGAAUCUUAUCGACAGGUCAUGAAAAUGAGACCAAAAGAUCUCUGGAAGAGACUAAUGAUAAAAUUCCGUGGUGAAGAAGGCCUUGACUAUGGAGGAGUUGCCAGGGAGUGGUUGUAUCUUCUGUCACAUGAAAUGUUGAAUCCAUACUAUGGCCUCUUCCAGUAUUCCAGAGAUGAUAUCUAUACAUUGCAAAUCAACCCUGAUUCUGCAGUUAAUCCGGAACAUUUAUCAUAUUUCCACUUUGUUGGACGGAUAAUGGGCAUGGCUGUGUUUCACGGACACUAUAUCGAUGGUGGUUUCACAUUGCCGUUCUAUAAACAGUUGCUUGGAAAGUCAAUUACUUUGGAUGACAUGGAGUUAGUUGACCCAGAUCUUCAUAACAGUUUAGUGUGGAUACUUGAGAAUGAUAUUACAGGUGUUUUGGACCAUACUUUCUGUGUAGAACAUAAUGCAUAUGGUGAAAUUAUUCAGCAUGAACUUAAACCAAAUGGCAAGAGUAUCCCAGUUACUGAAGAAAAUAAAAAGGAGUAUGUCAGGCUGUAUGUGAACUGGAGAUUUUUACGAGGCAUUGAGGCACAAUUUCUGGCUCUGCAGAAAGGAUUUAAUGAAGUAAUUCCACAGCAUCUGCUGAAGACAUUUGAUGAGAAGGAGUUAGAGCUCAUUAUUUGUGGACUUGGGAAGAUAGAUGUUAAUGACUGGAAGGCAAACACCCGGUUAAAACACUGUACACCCGACAGCAAUGUUGUCAAGUGGUUCUGGAAAGCUGUAGAAUUUUUCGAUGAAGAACGACGAGCACGGUUGCUCCAGUUUGUGACAGGAUCAUCUAGAGUGCCUCUGCAAGGUUUCAAAGCUUUACAAGGUGCCGCAGGCCCCCGGCUCUUCACCAUACACCAGAUUGAUGCCUGCACGAACCACCUGCCCAAAGCCCACACUUGCUUCAAUCGAAUAGACAUUCCGCCCUAUGAAAGCUAUGAAAAGUUAUAUGAAAAGCUGCUAACAGCCAUCGAAGAAACAUGUGGAUUUGCUGUGGAAUGAGGAACUUCAAGGACUCACCCAGGACUCUAUUUAUACCCCUGACUGACAGCCUCCUCUCAGCAGUUUCAAGGAAUGCUGAAAUAAGGAAAAUGCCCAUCCCUCCCCCCUUAAAAAUUCUAGGACACUGUGAGGGGAAAGGACAAUUUUGAAAUUCCUUUUCAAGGAAAAAAGAGGUCUUUAUGCUUUGCCAUGAGGCCAUAUUCAGCUGCUAUUUAAAAUGAAUAUCUUGAACCUAAAGAAUGCUGACUUUUCCUACAUUUCCAGAGUUAGGCAGUAUUCUACACUUAAAGACUACUACUAUUUUUAUAAAAGGUAAUCUAUUCAAAUCACUUCAUAGAUUUCAAAUCUCUCAAACAUCAAGACAACUUCAGCAGUCGGUACAAGACACAUUUUAUUUUGAUUGAAUACAUGAUUCUGAAUAGCUCCUGUACUUGCUCUUUGUAAAAAUAUAAAAUAAAAUUAUUUUGAAUUAUUCUACCUUUGUAAACAAUUGGCUAAAAGCAUCAUCUUUAAAAAAAUUACGUUUAGUUACAUUUUUCUAUAGCAAAGCAUUAUAUUUUAAAAACAUAAGUUUCAACCUAGCCUAAGUGAGUCUUUGUUAUAUUUUUUAAGCACAAAUUUCCUAGGAUAAAGCUCUAUAAUUUUGAUUGUCAGAUUCCUACUGCAACCAUCUAGUGUAAACUUAGCAGCUUAAUUGCUUCAAUAAGAUAUAAUCAGGGGCUCCCUGUUUUUAAGAGACUUUAAAAAAUUCGUAUUUUUUAUCUUCAAUCAGUAUGAUCAGGUAUCACACAUUUACUUUUCAUCUUCAGUGGAAAUACUGCAUUUUAUAGCUCUUCAGAUAAUGUUGAGGGGGUUUUCAUUAUUUUGUCAAGUCAGCUUAUUUCAUAUAUAUGUACAUACACACACACUUCUGUAAACCAAAGUCUCUUAUGACAAGUGCACCUAAUUUAUAUUAUAUUUUAACUACAAUGUAAAUUCCUAUCAAAUAAACCAUCCUAAUCUUUGUUUAGCUGCUAUUUUAAUCAGCUAAAAUUAUGGAAAAUGGAAAAUUUUGCUGUAAAGAUUACUUAGAAAGCUUAAAAAAUCCUGUUUUUAUCUAAAAAAUAAAAUGGAGGUGGUGGACAAGGGAUGUGAUUGCUAAAAGAAAAACAAAACCGUGAUUCUAACUUAAUGAUAUGAAUUGUCUAAAAGAACUGAAGAAUUAAUUUUGGAAGUAUAAGGGAUUCCUAGUUUGCUUGGUUUUGAAGGUCAGCAUCUGUUGUUGAAGAGUCCAGAGUUAGCUUUCAAUAUGUGUGGCAUGUUGUAUGAUCCAGAUUAACCAAAAUUUUAGAGGGAGGGACUAGAAGAGUCUGAAAUCAUGCAUGGAUUGUAAAAAAAAAAAAAAAAGAAAAGAAAAUUCAGCCAUAGAAAUAUGCACUAUUUUACAUUGAUGUGAAAUCAAGAAUAGCAAAGUAUGAUGAGAUAGCUAUGUGACUAGGUCCUUUGUGUCCUUUCAUUUGAUGAAUUAGUCUUCAGUUUGUGUUCUUGGGGCCAAGCUGCUCCUCAGAGGUGCCUCAGAAGUAAUGGUUUAAGAGAGGAGGUCAGUCCUAGGUAUUCUUUGAGGGGUCCCCACCAUAGUCCCCUUUAUUCAAAGCAGCUCCAGUUUUUCUCUGAUACAUUGGAAAUGCAAGUAAACAUCAAUGGGAAGGGGCUGGUGGUGGCGGUGGUGGGGGACAAGAAAUGGAUGAAAUGAAAAAUGGAAUUUUUGCUGCUUUAAAAAAUUGAGAACUACUUGUGUAGUUUCUAAGUAUUUAAAUUUACUCAUACAGCCAAAUUUGUCUGCUCUAGGCAGACUGGUCAAUCAUAACUGUGCUAUGGUAAUGUGCUUAUGUUGACUUUUUUCUUCCUAAACACUGUUCUGUUUUCCUGCUACGUACCGAAGAGCAUCUUGAACUGUAGAGACGUUUCUAUAUACUGCUUGAUCAUCAGUUUUCAGCUUUCAUGAUAGUAUCUUAGUAGUGACAGGUCCGUCUCUUUUCUAUUAAAGCACUAGUACGUGUAAACAUGCCUCUUACCAUCUCUCAGUAAAAAGUACAUGACAUAUUAGCGAAAUCAUGGCUGAUGGAUGCAGUAAUCAUGAAAUGCUACUAACGUAAUGUACAAUAUAAAGCAGGCAAAUACCAUCGCUUUUUGAGUGCCUUUUUAACUUUAUACUAAUGACUUAAUAGAGCUUUAAAAGAAAGAAACUACCCUAUAGCAGUAUACGGUAUCUCCAACAUAAUUUAUUAAGUUCACGACAAUUUAGAUUUCGAUUAUGUUACCUAUUUUUUCCCAAAUAGGUGCUAAGCAAACAGACUCCCCAGGUGUCACUAAACCUUGGACUUGCACCUCAGUUUAAUGUGAAUAUUUAUUUCGACUUGUCCCUCUUGACUGGGUUUUUUCCAAUCCCUCCUGUAGUUAUUUCAGCUUUGUGAUGUCAUUGUUUCCAUACAUUGCCUUUCCAUCACUAAUGCUUGAUUUGAACAGAGGUUAGUUUGUAGAGCUCAUAUGUAGUUCAGAGGUGAGUUUUCUUUCAGAUGGUCUUAUUUCUUGAUGUAAAGAAUUUUCAAAUAGAGUUGUGUAUAGUGUAUAUUUUGUUUUGCACAUAGUUUGUUACCCUGGAUGGGUUUUAUUUUUACCAAGUCUCUUUUUCCCUUGUAUUUACAGUCCAGAGCACAAGCUUCCUUUUAAAUACAGUGUAAUUUGCUUUAUUUUAUAACACUAAAUCGGCUCCGAACUCCCCAGGUGCGUGGAACUGAUUGCAUUGACGGGAGUUAGAAACUGUUCCAGCCCUUUUUCGUUUGAUGGAGCAGCUUCUGCUUCUAUUUUUAAGCUGCAGCACACAGCCAGAGGUGCCAUUUGUGGUAUUUAACAUUCUUACGUUUAGGAUGAUGAUUGUACCGAAUACGGAGUUGUUGUGUUUCUAGAUGUAAUUAGUUCACUUAGUGUAAUAUUCUUCCUUUUCUCAAACUGACUUUAAAAACAAAGUUUUAUCAUUUUCAUUGUAUUUGUAUUUAUUACAGAGUGUUUUAGCUUUGAUAUUCUUUGUAUUUUCACUCAGUUGUUACAUGAGCUUUAUCAAUAACAUAUGUAAAAAUGGUUUUUAAAAAUUAACUAUGUAUAUGCCCAUGCCGAAGUUGAGCAAUAAAAAGAAUGCUGUUUGCACUGCCA